GACUCGAAACAAAAAAGAACACCCAAUGGUACCAAGCUAACUCUUAUAUUGACAAGGAUGCUUCUUGGAAAUGUGUUUCUUUGUGAUGAAAAUCAUAAAUCUGUACAAGGCAAAGGUAAAAGCAGUGCAUAGAGUAAUAUCAAAGUAAUAUAGACUUCAUAAUGACCAUUGUAUUUUAUUCACGGAAAGACUAAAAUUGGAUAAUCGUGUUCAAAAACAUUUCAACUUUUUGAAGAUUGUACAAAUUAAUAGAAAUAAAAAAUGUAGGUCUAUUUAUUUAGGAAAAUGUUUCAUUGUUUGGAAAUUAAAUCCAAAUUAUUGCUCCCAAGACUUCCUGUGAAAAAUUUAAAACAAAACAGAAAGAAAUCAAGAAAACACUGCCUUGACUAUUUAAAUUGCAUCCUUCUUACAAAUAAAUGAAUUUAAACAUUUUACAGAUACUAUUUUAUGUACAAUGCUAGUUCAGAAAUCCUCAUAUACAUCUUGAUCACAGUCUCCCAAUAUUACAAAUCAAAUAUUUAUAAUUUAAAAAUCCAAAUUGUUAAAAAAAAAAAAUUUUCUCAUUACACAGGAAGCAAGAAAUUGUCUCGCCCUCCUUGUAUGUCAUGUUCAGAAGAUGUAUGCAAAUGUAGAGACCAAACUUUGUUUGAUUCUGUGAUGGGAGAUGGCAGAUGGCUCUUUAGAGAGUUUGUUGUCUACGAGAGUUCUCAAUGUUAUCCUGAGUAUGUGAUAACUUAUACCAGAGUCUGAUGUACUUAUGCUCUAGAAAGUCUCAUGCUGUCUAAAACAUAGCUUAUCACUGUUAUUUAAUUGUUUAAAAACAAAAUGAGAUGUAAUUUAAAAUACAAAUAAUUUGGUAAUUUAUUUUUAGAAGGGAAUCUAUUUGUGGAGGAAAGCAUGUGUUGUGAACCUGACUACAUAUAAUACAUUAUGUAGUCAGCUUUCAGUACUAUAAUUAAAAAUUUGCUUUUAAUCAAUUUUAUUUUCCAACAUUAUUGUGGAGCAGUUACCCAGCAAGAAAACAUAUUUGAAGGCUUCCCAAUAAAAAGUGUGAGCGACAAUGUGCAUAACAAAAUGUUUUAAUCUGUAAAGUUGUUUUUUUGGGUGGGGUUGGUGUAGAUCAGUCAUUCUCAACCUUCCUAAUCCCGCCACCCCUUUAAUACAGUUCCUUGUGUUGUGGGGACCCCCAACUACAAAAUUAUUUUCAUUCCUACUUCAUAACUGUAGAGUAUAUGUGUUUUCUGAUGGUCUUAGGCGACCCACUAGUUGAGAACUGCUAGCGGAGAUGAUUAAGGCUAUGGUCUUGGUAUGUUUUUUUUUUAAAUUUAAGAAACAAUAGAUUGUCACCAAAUAGUAAAUAAUGGGAUUAUUAUUGUUAUUUUACUUGUGUACAAAAGUCAUUUGUGUUUGACAAAAUCAUCUUCAAAAAAAUAUUUUUUUAUCAUCAUCCAUAAAAUUUCACUUUACUAUUUGGUUGACCACAUUUUGACAAAUUCCAUUGAAGAAUAGAAUGAUAGGACUAUGCCAGUUUUAGUCUAGCAAUUUCAAUGUCAAUAUUUAAUUAACUAUUCUAGUUUAAUUUUUUUAAAGUUGUGGAAAUAUGGAGAUGAUAAAAAUGUAGAAUUAAUUUAUCUUUGUAUACAGUAACUCAAUUGAAUUUGAUGAAACAUUUAUGUAAAUUCAAUUUUGCUGUCAGGCAUGGACAAAUAUAUAUUUUAAAAAAAUAUUAAGAAACCUCAACAAACUUUUUGUUCCUGUGUGGGGAGAUGAUGGAGAUAAAGACAUAUUCUCUAAUUAACUUCUAGUAAUAAGUAGCAAUGAUAAAAUCUUUUUCAGCUGGAACAGAAACAUUGAAUAUAUUAUGCUUGCUAGCAGUACCUACAGUGUUAAAAAACAACAUUUUAUACAAUUAUUUUAUGAGAUAAAUUAAACAUGGUGCAAAUGAAUAACUGAAAAAAGAAAUGCUUAUAAAAAAUUGUAUGCAUUGUUUGAGACUCUUUUUAUUGAGAAAAUGAUAUGGGAGAUGAUUUCAUCACUCACAACAAAGUCAAAGGAAAAAAGAAUUGUAGAGGCCUGAGUCUAAAAAUGGAAUAACAAAGAAAACACACACGACCUCUUUUGGUAGUUUUUUUAAGGUACUUAAUAUCCAUUAUUAUCAGAAUCAGCUUCUCUUUUCAAAUAUUUUUAACUAGUCUUAACCACACAAAAGUCACAAAACAGUGCUAUGGACUCUUUGACAAUGAAAUAACUACCUCAUCUCUCCAAAUAUACAACCAACACAUUUCAUUCAAUAGUUUAUUUUCCUAAUGAUAUGAAGCCAUGUAAGUUUUGUAUCAGUGAUCAUGAAUAAAGCAAUUUAAAAAAAACAACAUUACCCUGCUAUUAAUUAUUUCAUUAUGGAUGUUUAUGUCGGUGGGCGGGAGGGGUGUAGUUCUUGAUCUGAUCCUUUUUUUCCUUCAGUGAUGCAAGGUAAAAAGGUUCAGUUAAAGAAUUGUCAUAACAUAACAUGUCUAAAGUAUUAAAUUCAAUAACAAGAACGCUAUUUUGUCUCUUUUUAAAUGACCAAGUUUUUAGCCGUGUUCCACAGUCUGAUGAUUUUGUUUCCAUCCAAUUCAAAAUGAAAUAUUUUGACUUUAUUUGAGCAACUUCAAGUUCAUUUAUUUAGACUUUUGAAAAUUUGAUAAUACACCAAACAUAAUGCAUUAAAAUUUGUUGUUUAAAUGGAUACACUAUCAUUGGUCUCUUGUGACACUGGGAUGUGGACAUGGACCACAAUUACAAUCUCUGGGAACCUAGGGAAAUUUGGCUCAGAAAUUUCGAAGAGCACAAACUUUAAAAAUCCCAUAUUGCAUAAAAACAUGUCAAGACUAUUACAAUUUUUUUUUACAAAUGGUAAUGAUUUUUUUAAUAAAUUUUUUUUAAUAUAUUUUUUUUUAUGACAUUUGAGUUUGAGAAAACAAAAGGAAGUUUUGAAAUAACUUAUAAUUAUAGGAAAUAUUGACAGAUAGAUAUAAAUACAACAAAAUAUGUCACUAAUUCCAUAAGAGAAUAUAUUAAAAUAUGAAUAUGUGUGGUAUCAUCAUUUUUUUUAUGGGAGGUUGAACUAGCUUAUCUAGGUCCAAUCACAUUUUUGCAAUGAUAAAAAAAAAGUGUGAAUGGACAUUUGAUCACAUAUAAUUUACACGAUGAUUGUAUGAAAUUUAUCUGGCGUUCCUAUCACUGAGAGACAAAUGGACACAAACAAAUCUGUCAUGUAAAACUUUUUCUUUUCAGAAUUGACUUUUAAUUAAAUUUAUAAAUUUUAGUUUUAGGUCGUCAUAUUUGGAUUGUGUAAUAGACUUACUGGCUGUACAGGAAUAGGCCUUAAAUAACUUAUACUAUACUUUAUUAACUUUUGUAAUUUCAUGUUCACUUGUUGAAGUCAGUUGCUUUAAUACCCAAACCAAGGAUUGUGUGAAAUUGUUAAUUUUUUUAAUGGGAUAUUUCUUGAAGAAGAGAGUUUGGUUUUUAAAACUCAUUUUUAAUUACUUUACAUACAAAAUCUCAAGUUUAUUAAAAAUAUAAACAAACAUGUAUUUGGCAUUCUUACUUUGGUAACUUUUCUCAGAAAUGUAAAAACAAGAUCAGGAGUUCAUAUUUUUGAUGAUCAUAUCGUUUUUAUAUCAAUAUUAAG